AUGGCCACACAAACGACACGAGCUGAGUUAGCAGAGCUUUCGAGACAACUAGGCUUUGAGGAAAAUCAUUUCUACUGGCUAAGGAUAUUUUUGAAGUUUGUGUUUUUGUGUCCGGUGCAACCAAUAGUGAUUAAGAAAUUCGGAAGAUUCAUCAUGCACGCGAGCUUUCUUUUUUCCAUCGCAAUAACGUGCGCCAGAGCGUACAAAGAAUUUUACAUAAAUGAAAUAUACCCACCGAUGCUAGCAGAGCUCACUUUUCAACUCAUCACUUUGGUGGGCGUGUGGUGCGUUUAUUUGCAAACGAUAUACUCGGAAAACCUACUUAACAAAAUAUGCGAGUUCGUGACGAUCGAUUGGCUCGGCAUCAAAGAUGCGGAAGAGAAGAAGAUCAUGAAGGUGGCGUGCGAGCGAGGAUCUCGCCUGAUACGGAUACACUUUGGCUUCUUGCUACCAUCGCUCUUGGGUUACGCACUGGUCCCGGUGGCUUUACCGUACGUGCUCAAUCCUUACUUGCCGGAAAACAUGACCCUCGAGAGAAGACUCUGCGCUCACGUCGAGCUGUUCGUCGAUCAGGACAAAUACUUUUACCAUAUUCUCAUUUUUCUCAUUCAUAUGGUCAUUCUGAUUAUGCUGAUUGUCAGUGCGUUGGAUUUGGCUUACACGUCUUGCAUUGCCUACGUCAUGGGCAAGAUCAUAUGGAUUGGAGACGUUUUUGAAAAACUUGGCGGAAUAAAAAUUUCUGAUCAGAGCCCAAGCUCGAAACGAAAAAUGAACGUUUACGUGCACCAAACUGUUAUCGGAUUGAUUAAACGACAUCAAAAAUGCUUGGAAUUUUCUCAAAUGUUGAACGAUAUUUGUAGCCCCAAGUUUUUUAUUUCUCUCGUAGUCCUCUUGAAUCUCUUGAGUUUAUCGGGAUCUAUGGCAGUCGUUGAAAUUUCUUACGAUGCCAGUAGCGCUGCAAAAAUGGCAGUGGCUUUUGUAAUGAUAUUAAUUAUGGUGCUUGUGAUCAGUUACCCAAGCCAACUGCUGAUCGACGCCAGCAAUGACAUAUAUUUCAAAUGCUACACCAGCAAAUGGUACGAGUAUCCAGUGAGAACUAGAAGAUUAUUGAUUUUGAUGAUGACCAGAGCAGCCGAACCUUGUUACAUGACGAUUGGGCCCACAGUGCCUCUGCAUUUCGAGACAGCUAGCACUAUCAUCAAUACAGCUAUGUCCUACGUUACGACGCUGGUGUCACUUUGUGCACUCUAA